AAUAAUCGUUUCGACUGUGGCCCAUGUUACAGUGGAUGCCCUCCGACGAAUUGUUGUUGUAGACGUUCACGUUCUACGGAGUUUCCGAAACAAAGAGGACCCUUUGUUGAGGAAAAGUUUUCAAAUUAUAAUCCGCCUAGUUUUCUGUGCAAUACUGAUCCUCCAAAACCAAGAGUGAAAGCAAGAUCUUGCAGUUGUUCUAUUAAAAGUCCAAGGGUUUCUAUCAUUUGCAAAUGUAAAGACAAAGGAAUUACGGAUUGUAGAAAAAUUGGAAAGGAUGGCAAACGAGUUUGUGAAAAAACAUGCGGAGUCAAAGACAAAGAUGCUUCUGACAGCGAAUCACCUGAAGGAAUGUUUGGCAACGGUCCUGGAUCAGUACCUUCUGGCACGAAUUCAGGUUACGCACCGGGAUCGACGGAAUCUGAUGGAGACUUAGGCAAUGGUCUUGGAGCAAGAACCCCUGGCAUGUAUUCGGAGAACCCCCCUGAAACGAUGGGAAAUGGGCCAACAAAUGCCGUUUGGCAAGGUCCAGUUGAUGGUGCUAAUCCUGUAAUACCUGUAUACGAUUUGAUUGGACCAAGAAAUCUAACAAGCCAAGGACCUGGAAAAAAUCAACAACUAUCCGAUAUGCCAGCAGCAGGACUUCCCACCCGACAAAUUCCACGGUUUGAUCCAUGUACGGGCAGAGAAUGCCAACCUACACCUGCACAGCUGGCAACUUAUGGGCCUGGUCAACCUGGGCAAAGUGGAGCAUAUGGAAUGCCAAUGACCUGUAUGUAUCCCUGCUUUUGUCCACUUCAGUGUUAUCCCUGUCCCCCAGCUAUGAACGUCUGCCCGCCAAUGCAACAAGGUUUCGGACAAUCAUACACCACAAAUCAAACAAGCAACAUCAAUGAUAAUGCGAAUAACAAAGACAAAGGGGAGAGGGUCGAUAAGACCAAUUCUAAAAGUACCCUAAAGGAGAGAUCGGAAAGAUCAAAGGAUGUCCGCAUUACAUCGCGUUCGCCGGAUAGUGAAAAGUCGUCGGCCAAGGAGAGAAAUAUUGCCAAGGCGAGCAAGCCUAAUAAGAGAGAUAAUCAGGAGUUGGAACUUAUCAAUUGCAGCAAUGCCAGUCCGGAACUCAUCAAGCGCAUUUGUGAUUCGCUGCAGGUUCCAAAUCCGCCAAACAGUUGCUACAUCCUGUUGCCCAUUGCAAUGGCGUCCAAGAGCAAGGACAAGGGUGAGCAGCCUGAGAAGAAGUCUAAGAAGAAACCGGAGAUGGAAUCGCCCAGCGUGGAUGAUCCUAAAGUUUCCGUUCCAGCUGAGCCGAAAACCAACGAAAAAGAAAAUCCUCCGGCAACGAAUGUGUGUAAACUAACCCGUAAUUGUGGCUGUAAUACGCUAAUAACUGGAAAAUUCGGGGAGAAAUCGGAAAAACCUGAAGAUUCUUCAGCUAAAAAUAGCUGCAGUCCCGGUGCCAACGGUGCUUGCUGCAGUUCAGCCUGCUGCUAUAGACCCUGUUAUACUUACUGCUAUAAUCCCUGCACGGGUUGCUUCUAUUGGCGUAAAAAGUGUUGUUGCUGCAAUGGCUGCUGCAACAAUGGCGGCUCCUGUCCCAUGCCAAAACAAGCCUCGAGCCCUGGCACAACUUCGGGAUCAAAUGGAUCAAAGGGACCAACGGCAUCGCCGCCUGCCAAACAGAAAGUUCCAACUGACUCCGCCAAGGGCACAAGUUCAGGUUCGGCUAGUGACCAACGAUUUGCGGCAGGUGCCGUAUCGGCAUUUCAGCCAGGUGUCCAGGAGCUAUACGAUCAAUGGGUCGGAUUUCAACAGCAUGCCGUAUUCCCUCCAAUGUUGCCACCAAGGCAACAACCGCCAUUUAUGCACCGAAGGUUCACCUCACAGUCACGUGACCGGGAUGAGUCACAAUAUCGAUCGCCGGACAUAGAUUGGACCCCUCAAUAGUGAUAACAACAAAAAA